UGUUAUCAGUCCCAAUCGCGGUCACUGACCGCCGUUGCGAGCUCCGGGAAUGGCUUCGCCGGAGGAGGAGCGAAUCGAGGACCAGCUGUCGGCCCUGAUCCUGCUGUCGGAGCGAGUUCGCUCGGCGGUGGACGAGGCCGAGUCGUUCAAGAACGAGUGCUCCGAGCUGGGCAGGCAGGCCGACCGCAUCUCCCAGAUGCUCCGCACCCUCGCCCGCUUCACCACCUCCUCUCGGUCCCUCUACGAGCGCCCCAUCCGCCGCGUCGCCCCCGAGGUCUCCAGGAACCUGGAGCGAGCCCUAGCCCUAGCUCGCAAGUGCAAGCACGGCAACAUCCUCCGCCGCGUCGUCACCAUGACCAGUGCUGCCGAUUUUGAGAAGAUCACGAGCCUCCUCGAUGCUUCCAUCGGGGACAUGAAGUGGCUGCUCAGUAUCUUCAAUUCCGACGGUGGGGGUGGUAUUGAGCUCUCGCUGCCUCCGAUUGCGAGCAAUGAUCCGAUCCAGUCUUGGGUUUGGUCCUUCAUCGCCUUGCUUCAGAUGGGGCCCUUGCCUGAUCAAAUUGAGGCUGCGAAUGAGUUGGCUUCGCUCGCGCGCGACAAUGACAGGAACAAGACGAUGAUCGUGGAGGAAGGCGGCGUGCCUCCGCUGCUCAAGCUCCUAAAGGAGGGCUCGUCUCCCGAUGCUCAAAAAGCCGCCACGACUGUGCUCCAAUACUUGGCCAAUGAUCAAGCGCGACUGCAGGCGAUUGUGAAUGAACUCGGGCUUGAGACUAUUCUGCAAAUCCUUCCUUCGCUAUCUGAAGUGCGGACGAUAAUUGAAGACCGGCAGUCACAGCCGCCGCCUGACCAGAUCAUCAAACCGAAUGAUGAUUUGUCUAAAAGGACACGGAAUCUGCCCGAUGGAGGGGUGUUGGAAGUUUCUGACAGAGUCUAUGUGUUCAAUUACUGUCUUACCUGGGAUUGGUGUUUUUUUGGCCAAAUCACAACGGAUUGGUUGAAGGAUGACGGAUAUAAGUUUUACAUGAGAGGCAUAGUUGCAAAACUCCAAGAGCAAUUUUCUGCAGCCUGUUUGAUGGUGCUUAAUUUCGGAGAGCAAGAUAACCAAAGCCAAAUGGCUGAAGUGUUGUCUGAAUAUGGUAUAACUGUCAUGGAACUCCCUCAAAAUUAUGGAGGUUGCCCUAUACCGAGAGUGGAGAUUAUCCACAACUUCUUGAGAUCUGCUGAUGAAUGGUUGUCAUCUGAUACGCAACAGAACGUGCUGUUGAUGCAUUGUGAAAAGGGUGCAUGGCCAGUUUUGGCGUUCAUGUUGGCUUCUCUUUUGUUAUAUAGGAAGAAGCAGGAUGGGGAGCAGAAAACACUCGACAUGAUUUACAAGAAAGCGCCCCUUGAACUGUUGCAGCUGACAUCAACACUGAAUCCGUUACCUUCCCAGCUGAGAUACCUCCACUAUGUUUCCACAAAGAGUGCUGGUUUAGAUUGGCCUCCACCAGAUAAGGCGCUUGUGAUAAAAAGUGUUUUACUAAGUUCCAUUGUUAAUUUGGAUGCUGAAGGGGGAUGUCGUCCUAUUGUUAAGAUACUGGGACGGGACCCCUUUAUGGUUACUGAUCAAACUGCCAAAGUUUUGUUCUCAACACCCAGAAGGAGGGAACAUGUUAGGCAUUACAAACAGGCAGAUGGUGAGACAGUUAAAUUGGACAUCCAUUGUAAUGUUCAAGGCGAUGUUGUGCUGGAGUGUAUCAGUUUGGAUGCUAAUCUUGAACAUGGAGAAUCAAUGUUUCGUGCAAUGUUUAAUACUGCAUUUAUAUCGGAUAAUGUUCUAAAGCUUGAGUUUGAUGGUAUGGAUGUCCUGUGGGAUCGCAAGGAUCAAUAUCCUAAGGAAUUUAUGGCAGAGAUUGUUUUCUCGCAAGUGGAUGCUGCUACUUCGCUUGUAAUGGUUGAUUUGUCCAGUGAUGAGGAGGAAAAGGAAAACCGGAAAGAGAAAAGCAUGAGGAAGAUUGAAGCCGAGGAACUACUUGCUGAAGGGCGAGCAGUCCACUCUAUAACACUAUCUUAUGAUGCUAAAACAAGUUCUGAAGAGAAUGAAGUUCCUGAAUUGCCAGUACAGACCAAUACUGAGUCCACAGUGGUUGGAAAUGUUGCUCGUAAAACAGGUGAGAACACGCAAUCACUGAGGUGGGAAGUAAUAGCAGCUGUGACCGGAACAAACAUGGAGGUCGCUUCUGUCGGUGACUCAGCAUCCUCACCGGCUGUCGAUAAUGGCAGUGUAGAAGCUAAUGCUGUAGGCGUCUCCAACUCGGUGCAAAUCCCUGAUAUGACGCUGCCGAAACAGGAAGAACUAUACCAGCAGGAUGGCUCACCAUCAUCAACCUCCAUGUCAUCUGGAUAUGACUACGAUGUCUUCCUGAGUUUUAGGGGGCCAGAUACUCGCUCGGGCAUUACAAAUUUCCUCUAUACCAGGUUGUUAGGUGCUAGAAUCCACACAUUUAAGGAUGAUGAAGAGCUCCGAAUUGGAGAGGAGUUUGGUCCUGAGUUGCUCAAAGCUAUCAGCCAAUCAAAAAUUGCAAUUCCCAUCUUUUCCAAGGGCUACGCCUAUAGUAAAUGGUGCCUUAAGGAGUUGGUCCAAAUGGUGGAGUGUAGUAAAACGAGGAGACAGAAGGUUAAGCCCAUUUUUUAUGACAUUACCCCGGCGGAGGUCCGUCAUCAAAUUGGGUCUUAUGAAGAAGCAUUUCUUUCGCAUAAGGAGAAAUUCGGUGCGAACGUCAACAAGUGGAAAGCUGCUCUCAACCACGUUGCCAAUCUAAAUGGAUGGGACAAUUCGAAGAAGAAUAGAGGUGAAGGAGAACUGGUAGACGAGAUUGUCCAGGAGGUUAUAGAUGAGUUAAAAACGGCUUAUCUGCUGGUGACAGACUGCUUGGUCGGAGUUGAAAAUCAUGUGAAGGAAAUCGAUACGAUGAUGUGUGGUGAUUCGGAGGAUAUAAGAAUUCUCGGAAUCCAUGGUAUGGGGGGUGUCGGAAAGACUACUCUUGCCAAAAUCAUCUAUAACCGGCUGUCACAUCAAUUUGAAGCUUGUUGCUUCCUUUCUAACAUCAGGGAGACUUCAGAGCUAAAGGGCAUGGAAGGUUUGCAGAAUCAACUAAUCUCUGACAUUCUCAAAAAAAAGUGGUCAAACAUUAGCAAUGUUGAGGAAGGAAUUAAGAUAAUAAAUGAAAGGUUAUGCGGUAAAAAGGUUCUGCUGCUACUUGAUGAUGUUGAUCAAAUGACUCAUUGGGAUGCACUGAUUGGAAAACCUGCAUGGUUCGGUUUAGGAAGUAGGGUUAUCAUAACUAGUAGAAACAGGGAUAUUAUCGAUGUUCCUGAGGCUUGUUAUCCAUACGAGCUUAUGAGCAUGAACUUCAAUCAAUCUCUUCAACUUUUUUGCAAACAUGCUUUUGGAAGAGAUUACCCUUCGGAUGAUUGUAUUGCUUUCUCCACAGAAGUGGUCAAAAGUACGGGGGGUCUUCCCCUCGCUCUUGAGGCUAUAGGUAAACUACUUCCACGCAGAAGAAAAGAUGUUUGGGAUGUGAUAUUAAAGAAGUUGAAACAAGUUCCUCUCAAUGAGGUAAAAAGAAAUUUGAAAAUAAGUUAUGAUGCCUUGGAUGAUUGGCAAAAGCAUAUCUUUCUUGAUAUAGCUUGUCUUUUCACUGGAUUUGAUCAUAGGACAGUGCUCCAUUUGUGGAAAGAUUGCAAUCUCUUCCCAGAGGAAGGUCUCGAGGUCCUUCAGAGAAUGUCUUUGAUAAAAAUUGGUGAAGACAAUAAGCUAUGGAUGCAUGAUCAGCUAAGAGGCCUUGGUAGAGACAUUGUCCGUCGAGAAUGUGAUAAGGAGCGAAAGAAAAAGACUCGGUUGUGGAACCAUGCGGAAGGUUUGGACGUGGUGAUGGAAACGAAGGGAACAAAAAAAGUUAAAGCUCUUUGUCGAAAAUUUGACGCUCAGUUGCUCUACAAUUUUGCAAACGAAGAAGUUGAGAGGCUAUCUAAUCUAAGAUAUGCUAAAGUGCGGGUUUUCCAGGAUAACUGGCCUUCCAAUGAUAGAGUAUGUGGAAAUUCGACGUGUUUGAUACUGAGUAAGAUAGGCAUUUGUGUUUGUCAGCUAGGUAGACAAUUCUUUUUGCCGUCCCUUCAAUAGUGAAAAUAAAAAGACAUACAAUGUACACAUUGUAUCUAAACAAGAGUUGAUUAGGUCAUCCUAUUGUCAUGAAUUAAAUGGAGUUUUACCGAGUACAAUCGACCAACAUCAACAUCUCUUGUCAACAUGUCAAUACUCAUUGUGCGCACUUGAUAUUGUUAUCUUCUGGAAAGCUAUCACCCUUGAUGAAACCCAACGGCAUCAGUGAAUGUUGAGUAUGGGGCUUGGGGACAGCCUUUGUUGAGCAUUGGGCAAGAACGAGAGCCUCCUUUGUCGUCACUCCGCUCCCGUCAUUUCGAGUCAACUUGCAGCUGAAGACCUUGUUCAAACUCUGCGACCAGUCGCUGCCACCAUCCUCGUCGUCCUUGGCACUGCCGUCAUAAAGCAAUUCACUUUUGUCACCACGGAAAUUGGGUCGAGUGUGGCCGGCUGUGAUCGUUGUCAUGUUGUGGCUCUUCUAGGUGCUAGAUGUCCGCAUGUCCACCACUAAAGGAAGCAGGGGAAGUAGAGGAAACACUAUAAUCUGAUCUCAUCUCUGUGCCUAGAUGCUGUUUGACGAAAUUCCCCAGCCACAUGCGCAGUUCCAGCAUAUCCAUAUCUGGCGGUUAGUCUUUGACCUCAUCCAAGUGAUUAUGGUGGUGCUGGUAUGGAGCUCGAAGUGGCGAGGGGUGGCAGAUGAAGACGUAGGCGCACACACGAGCAACGGGGAGAGAGAAGAGAGGAGGAGACCUCUGUCCUGAAAAUGUAGGAACAGAGAACGACCCCCUUUUACUACUGGUGAGUAUGGACAGCUCAACGUACGUCGUUCACACAAAUCCUUCCUGUCAAAAGAUUUUUCAGGAUCCCCUGCAUUAUCAUCGUGGGAGGUAUAGUAAUUGCAUGUCCUGAGUGAGGAAAUAUGCUCUGAUACUUAACGGGACACAAAAGAUGAAAAAUUUACUUUGAUAAGUUGUGCUUAUUUUAAAUUGUGUGAUGAUGCCUCGCUAUCCAAGCACAUUAUCAUCAUCCCUAGCUAAGCAGCCGCGAUCGAUGAAGAGGAUGGCCGCAACACAACCAUGCUUAACUCUGACCGGAUCGCCAUGGAGGCCAGCUUCAGCCACAGAAGUUGAGUUAAAGCACGUAAUGAAUCUGGUAAUUUAUUUCAUCGUGAUUAGCGAUAUUUGGUGUUGGCCUUGCUCAGGCAACCCCGAGUUUUCAUCAAUUAAAUCAAGUACAGUGGACAUAACAAGUUGGUUUGGAAUUGAA